AUGGUCAACUUGAAUGACGAAGGAAUUAAUGUAAAUGUUAAGUUGUUAAAUGGUGAUAUUAUUAAAGUUCCAAACAAAAUUGACACUAAAAAAACUUCAGUCUUGAAACUUAAGGAAAUCAUUAGCAGUAUUUGUAACAUUCCAGUUUUUGAGAUAAGACUUGUUUGGAAAGAUAAAAUACUUUCAAAUAAUGCCUUAUUAUGCAGUUAUGGAAUUGAAGAUAAUAGUACUUUAAUUCUUGCACGCUCUCCAUCAAGAAGCUCUAACUCAUCUUCUCAAAGAAUCGGAACUAGUUCGAGCUCAAGUUCUAAUAUCCAACCUGAAUCUGGAGGAUUAUUUGGUGAUUCGAAUACAGAUGACUUCCUUUCCUCAGCUUUAGCAUCUCCUUGGAUUCAAAGUAUUUUAAAUGACCCAGAAAUAUUCAGAGUAAUGUUAGAAUCUAACCCACAACUUAAGGCUUUAAGAGAACAAAAUCCUGAAUUAAAUCACAUCUUUAAUGAUCCCCAAUUUUUGCAAAUGUCUUUGGAUGUUUUAAAAAACCCAGAACUUAUGAAGGAGAUGAUGAGGAAUUCUGAUAGGGCAAUUAGCAAUAUAGAAAGUAUCCCUGGAGGAUUUAGUGCACUUAAAAGAAUGUACCAUACUGUCCAAGAGCCAAUGUGGGACGCUGCAAUGUAUAAUCCAAACACUAAUAAAACAAAUACUUAUAACCAAUACAAUAUAGAUAAGAGUUCUGGGCCAAACUCGGAAGCCCUACCAAACCCUUGGAGUGGUAACAAAAAUCCCAAUAAUACUGAUAAUAUAAAUUCUUCAUCUUCGUCUGAAACAUUCGGAAAUUUUGGUCCAGACAUUUCAGGAAGGAUACAGUUACCACUUAAUAUGUUUCCUUUCAAUUUUGAGACUAUGAAUCCCGCGAAUAACCAGAGUAAUGGAAAUUUUGGUAGUGAUAAUAACAAUAGUGAUAAUAUGUUAACUGGAUUCGCUGGUCUCGGCAACUUUGGUGGUAUCCCCAAUCUUGGAAAUCUAGCAAAUAUGGGAAUCUUAAAUCCCAACAUCAACCAAAACAAUAUCUCUGAAUCCGUUACAAAUACCAACAAUUCUAAUAAUUCCCAAACAACGUCUCAACUUCCCAAUCUAAUGAAUUUAUAUUCUCCGUUUGCUGCGAGUAACCCCAAUACUAUCCAAACUGUUAUUGAUGCAAUGAGAAAUAUGGACAUUAAUAACAAUAACACAUUCCAAAACCAAAUCAGUGCAUUGUUUGGGAAUGGAGCUACUGGUGCCAAUGCCAAUGCCAAUACCAAUACCAAUGCAAAUGGUAUUAUAGAAGAUUUUUCCCGAGGUGGUAACACAAGUUUUGGUAAUUUGCUUAAUAUGAUCAAUGCAGGAAGUUCUCCUAUAAAUACAAACGAAACAGGGAACCAAAGCAAUAUAUCUAAUCAAGUGAAUGCUUCCAACAAUGAAAACGAUAAUGGAAGACAAAAUUAUAAUUACCAACUUGAAGUUCUUUCCAAUAUGGGAUUCACAGACACUGAAGCAUGCAUUAAAGCACUUACUGAAUCUGAUGGAAGUAUUAAUAGAGCAAUUGAUAAGCUUCUAAAUCCGAACUAA